GAUUCAUAGUUGAUCAUGUUAAUAAAAAUUUAAGGGCUCUCCGAUCUUUAGGAUUACCGGUAGAAUAUUGGGACACCCUAGUCAUUUACAUGGUAACAACGAAGUUGGAUAGUGGUACAUGUUAUAAAUGGGAGGAAAUGAGGAAUUCGCUACCUGAAAUUCCGACGUUAGAACACUUCCUAGACUUUCUAAAAAAUCGAGCAAAUGUCCUAGAAACUAUAAACAGCCAAAAUUUUAACAAGCCUAAAUUUACCAAGCCGCAGCCUUCAAUUCAAUCUAAAGUUCAGACUAAAUCGUUUGCGCUAACCGCUAAACACAGUGCUCCGUCCUCGUCCAGAACUCAAUUUGAAUGUUUGUUAUGCAAAGGCACUCAUCGUUUAUUUGAAUGUACUACAUUUAAGUCUAAAUCACCAGAGGAAAGAACUGAGCUGGUUUCCAAAUUAAAUUUAUGCGAAAAUUGCUUAAGGCUUGGGCAUAAGGUCCAAAAUUGUAGACUACCAGGCUCUUGCCGCUCCUGCAAACAAAAGCAUAAUACCUUACUACAUUUAACCCAAUCUAAUGAAUGUCUUAACACUAAUUCAAACCAAUCCCAAAAUUUAUCUGCUAUCACUACUAAUAUUAAUUCUGAAAUUCUCUUGUGCACUGCGCAGGUCCAACUAAGGAAUCCAAAUACAAACCAAAUUCUGACAGCACGAGCUCUCCUCGACAGCGGGAGUCAAUCUACCUUUAUAACUGAACGGAUACAAGUUCAGUUAGACUUGACUCCUCAGCCUACUAAUGUCAAUGUGGUCGGCUUGUCAGACACCCCAUUACCAAUCAAAACUAGGCGAUGUGCACUUCACUUGCAGUCGCUUUCCAAUGAUUUCAAUGUCAAAAUGACAUGUCUAGUUAUUCCAAAAAUAGCAGACAAACUGCCUAAGGUCUCACUCGAUGUGAGUCAGUUUGAUCUUUCUAAUUUUCAACUAGCGGACCCUAGAUUUUUUGAGCCAGCCUCUAUUGAUAUGCUCAUUGGUGCUGACCUAUUUUGGGACCUGAUAGGUUCCUCUCAGCAUUCUUUGGGCCCUAAUAAACCUAUUCUUCGAAGCUCCAAAUUAGGAUGGCUCAUUGCAGGUCCUCUACCUACUUUAAUAAAAAAUGAACCUAAACAAUCUAAUAAUGUUACUCGGUGUAACUUUCUUCUAAACCAAGCUGAUUCAGCCAGUAUCCAUGAGGCUCUUCAAAGGUUUUGGGAACUAGAAAAUUUCCCACAAUCCCACUCCUUUACUAAAGAAGAAAAUCUUUGCGAACAGCACUAUAUCUCAAAUACCUACCGCCUCAACAAUGGUCGUUUUUGCGUCGCCCUCCCUCUUCGUGAGAAGAAGGAUUGUUUAGGCGACUCAUACUCAUUGGCUAAAAAAAGGUUCUUAAGUUUAGAAACCCGUUUUCGUAAGCAGCCUGAUCUCAAGUCAGCGUAUGCAGAUUUCAUUCGCGAAUACGACGAGUUAGGCCAUUUAUCUGAAGCGCCAUUGCUUAGACCGCCAAAUGCUCAUUAUCUUCCUCAUCACCCUGUUAUCAGGACUAAUAGUGAAUCAACCAAACUUAGAGUCGUAUUCGAUGCCUCCGCUGCUACUUCCACUGGAGUCUCAGUUAAUGAUCUGCAAAUGGUAGGGCCAGUCAUACAAGAUUCGCUGUUCGACAUACUGGUUCGUUUCCGUCAAUAUAAAUACAUACUUUCUGGGGACAUAGAGAAAAUGUACCGCCAGGUAUUGGUAAGGGAGUGCGAUAGGGACCUACAGCUAAUUCUUUGGCGCAAUAACGAAGGCGAACCUUUACGCGCUUUAAGGCUAAACACUGUAACCUAUGGAUUUUCAAGCGCUAGUUUUCUAGCAACCAGGUGCAUCUGGCAGCUUGGCGAGGAAUCUACCGACCCUAAAAUAAAGCAAAUUAUUCAGCAUGAUUUUUAUUGCGACGAUCUACUGACCGGGGCUGACGAUGAUGAGACCCUGAAGUAUAUUCAACGCCAAGUGUCAGGUGAGCUUGCCAAAGGUUGUUUUCGGUUAAGAAAAUACAGGUCAAAUCUUCCAUCUCUCCUUAGUGAAUGUUCUUUGCCCGCAGACGGCGAUCUCAUCAUUAGCACCGCCACUAGCACUCUAGGCAUAGGCUGGCAUCCAGAUACAGAUUUAUUGCAAUUCCAAAUUCAAUAUUCCCCAACAAACAUUUUAACCAAAAGGUCCAUUUUGUCCUCUACCUUUAAAAUAUUCGAUCCCCUUGGGCUACUAGCUUUAUGCACCAUCAAGCCCAAAAUUCUCCUUCAGACCUUAUGGUCGAUGAAAUUAGACUGGGAUGAGGAAGUCCCGUCUAACAUCAAAAGGUCUUGGUUAAAGUUUACCGAACAGAUAAAUUCACUUUCCACCAUUCAAAUACCAAGACGAGUCUUGAUCAAUAAUCCAAAAUUUAUCGAAAUGCAUACGUUCUGUGACGCGUCCCAGAAUGCAAUUGGUGCUUGCGUCUAUCUCAAAUCAAUUGACGCGUCAGGAAAUGUACACGUUAGUUUAUUGAGCGCUAAGGCCCGUGUCGCACCCCUAAAACCAACAACUAUACCUAAGCUCGAACUUUGUAGUGCAGUGUUAGGGGCCCAAUUAAGCUCUGCAGUCACCCAAGCUCUUCGGUGUAAAAUAGAUCGUCAUAUCUACUGGACAGAUUCGAAAGUAGCAUUAGGUUGGAUCCAAACAACUAGCAGAACCAAGACAUUUGUUGCCAACAGGGUAGCCGUUAUUACCGAGCUGUCAGAACCCCAAAGCUGGCGGCAUGUGCCAUCAGCCGAGAACCCGGCUGACUUGUGUUCUCGCGGAGUGGACCCCCAAUAUGUCAGUGAUUCUAAUAUCUGGUGGCAGGGCCCAGGCUUCCUCAAGCUGGACAAAUCUUCUUGGCCAAACGCAGAAAUUCAAACUCUGGACCUGCCAGAAUUAAAGGCGUUGCCAAAUUUGGUGGCGGAGCCCGCACCUUCGGUAGCGUUCCUGGACGUCACCAGGUAUUCAAGACUCGUCAAAGCCCAAAGAGUGGCUGCUAGGGCGAUCAGGUUUAUAAAUAAUUGUAAGGAUCCUCAAAAUAAAAAUGUAGACAUACUGUCAGUAGACGAACUUUAUAAAGCACUAAAAUUUCUUAUUAAAUUCGCUCAAUGUGAAUCAUUCUCCUUGGAAAUGCAAUGUUUAAAAAAUAACAAACCGUUACCUAACAAAUCAAAUUUAAAACAAUUAAAUGUUUUCCUCGAUAAAGAGGACAUAAUUCGUGUCGGGGGCCGCAUAACCAGUUCUAGAUAUUCAUACGACAAGCGACACCCUGUUUUGUUAAAAUCCAAUCACCCUUUGACUAAAUUAAUAUUCGAAAACGAACAUAUUCGGUUGCUGCACGCGCCUCCCCAAUUAUUACUUACUAGCAUACGCGACCAAUAUUGGCCCAUAGGCGGGCGCAGGCUAGCCCAACACGUGUACAAGCACUGUUAUAAGUGCCGUCGAUUUGAAGGCAGCAGCAUGGCUAAUAUUAUGGGCGGACUACCAUCUGAUCGCGUGGAAAUGGAUUAUCCUUUCAUUAGUGCUGCUACCGACUUCGCUGGUCCAUUUCUUAUCACGGACCGAAAAGGCCGUGGAUGCAAAAUUAGUAAAUGUUAUAUGUGUAUUUUUAUAUGUUGUCGAUAUAGAUGUAUCCAUUUAGAGGCCGUAAGCGAGUUAACUAAGGAGGCUUUUUUAUUAACUCUCACUCGAUUCAUCGCACGUAGGGGCAAGCCCAAUGUUAUAUAUUGCGAUAAUGGCAGAAACUACGUGGCCGCUGCUAGGGAGAUUAAAGAAUUCGUAAAUUAUCACAAAGACUACAUUGGGGACCUUGCAGCUCAGCGUGGUAUUCAAUUUAAAUUUUCUCCCGCAUACGCUCCUCACUUCAACGGUCUGGCUGAGGCCGGUGUAAAGUCGGCUAAAUUCCACAUUAAACGCAUGUUAGGGCAGACUCACUUAACAUUUGAGGAACUGUCCUCCCUCUUUACACAAAUCGAAGCCAUCCUCAAUAGCCGACCCCUAUGUCCCCUCAGUCCAUCACCCGAUGAUUUCCAACCUCUCACCCCGGGCCACUUUUUGAUCUUCAGACCGCUUACAUCUCUACCAUCGGCAACAACUCCGAGCUACAGCGAAGGCAGCCCUACACUGCGCAACAGGUUCCAGCGCAUCGAGCAAGUUCGCCAGCAUUUUUGGAACCGAUGGUCGCGCGAGUACAUCUCAGAGCUGCAACAGCGUUCGAAAUGGCGCAUCCAAGCACGAAACUUGCAACUAGACGACCUAGUCCUAGUAAAGGAUGAGGCUCCACCUCUUCAAUGGCGCCUGGGACGAGUCAGCAAGCUGUUCCCCGGGCCGGACGGCGUGCCUCGAGUCGCGGACGUUAGAACCGCCAACGGCUCC